GUCUCAUCCUAAUCCGUGAUUCCUCAUCGUCCUGCGUCGCCGCCUCGCCGCCUUCCCGGUCGAUGAAAUCGACGCCGAUCAUCCGAACACGUCUUGCUGACGUCGAUCUCGUAAAAAGAAAGUAGUGAGGCGCGCCCGAGGCGCCAGGUGCACGAGGCGCUGGGGAAAUCGCCUUCUCCCAUGCGAGGCGGGCGCCAUUCGUCAGGGGCGCGCUUGGGCGUGCCUAGGGCGCCUUCGCACCUCAACUGAGGCGCGAUCGAGGCGCGAUCAUGAGCGCAAUCCAUUUCUGGAUUUUUAACCAAAAAUAAACUAUUUCAAACCAAUUUGGUUUGAAAUUAGGGCAUGGAGAAGGAGAAGAAAAGAAAAAAAGGGAAGAAGAAAAGAAAAAAAGGGAAGAAGAAAAGAACCGAAACCUGAAUUUGAAGAAGAGUCGCGCCGUCGCCGUUGCCAAGGUGUUUCCUUCCGCCGCCGCCGCCGCCCCCGUCGCUGAGUCGCGCGUCGCCUAGAAUGCUUUUGUAACUGCAAUUAAACUGGCAAUCGAGGGAGAGUUUUUUUCGCAUUUGGAUGGCCUCUGAGACACUUUGUACAAGUCUAAAAGGGAAAAAGAUUUGUGGUGAAAAUAAAGUUAAUGAAAUUCAUUUAAGAGAAUGUCAAAGUUGCUCAUAUGAGUCCCAUGACAAAUUCCACUCUAUGUGUGGUAAUGGCUCUACAAAUUUGAGCGGAUGCUUGCAUAAAGGGAGUGCUCAAAAUCUUGGUCCAUUAAGUGCUAUGCCCAAUCAAUUAGAUCUUCCCUCAGAAAUCCCAGUGGAUAGACCAAUAUCUAAGCAGCGUAUGAAACAUGAAAGGGACAGCACUCUGCAAGAAUUGUACUUGCAAGAUGAGUACGAUGAUGAGGAUGAUAGCGAUUGGGAGCCUGUCAGUCCUUUUAUCAUCAAAAAAUGGUUUUGUACUAAUUGCACAAUGCCAAACUUUGAUGAUGUUUGCCAUUGUGAGGUGUGCGGUGAGGAUAGAGAAUGUGAGUUCUUUAGGCUUGGUCCUUCUGAAUCUCCCAUACAGCAGGAAGUUAAGCUGGCCAUUAACUCUGAUGGAAGUCACAGCCACCAAGAUUUGUGCUCAAAAUCAAGAACUGUUAUUGGGUUUGAUGAGAGAAUGUUGCUUCAUACAGAGGUCGAGAUGAAGUCACAUCCUCACCCGGAAAGACCUGAUCGUCUUAAAGCAAUUGCAUCUAGCUUGGCUGUAGCAGGAAUUUUCCCAGGCAAAUGCUACGCAAUACCAGCUAGAGAAAUAACAAAAGAAGAACUUUUACGGGUUCACACUUUGGAUCACAUUGAAGCAGUUCAACACACAAGCCAUAUGCUUGCCAGUUACUUUACUGCUGACACUUAUGCCAACGAGCAUUCAGCAUCCGCUUCUAGGCUUGCAGCAGGAUUAUGUGCAGAUCUUGCUUGCACAAUAUUGUCUGGUAGUGCAAAGAAUGGUUUUGCUCUGGUUAGACCACCUGGGCAUCAUGCAGGUGUUGCACAAGCAAUGGGCUUUUGCCUCCAUAAUAAUGCUGCAGUUGCAUCAUUAGCUGCUCAAAGUGCUGGUGCUAAGAAAAUCUUGAUUGUUGAUUGGGAUGUGCAUCAUGGAAAUGGCACACAAGAGAUAUUCGAGGGCAACAAAUCGGUUCUGUAUAUAUCAUUACAUAGGCAUGAAAAUGGAAGGUUCUAUCCUGGAACUGGAGCUGUUGAUGAGGUUGGCAGUAUGGAUGGUGAGGGAUUUUCUGUAAACAUUCCUUGGAACUGUGGAGGCGUGGGAGAUAAGGAUUACAUUUUUUCUUUUCAGCAUGUUGUCAUUCCAAUAGCUCUUCAAUUUGACCCCGACAUCACAAUUGUUUCAGCAGGCUUUGAUGCAGCACGUGGUGAUCCUCUUGGUUGUUGCGAUGUCACGCCUGCUGGAUAUGCUCAGAUGACACACAUGCUUAGUAGCGUCUCUCAGGGGAAGUUGCUGGUCAUCCUUGAAGGAGGCUACAAUCUUCGUUCCAUAUCUUCGUCAGCUACUGCAGUGGUCAAGGUGUUACUUGGCGAAAAUCCUAGUCCUCGGUUGAAUGACAACGUGCCUUCAAAAGCAGGUCUACAAACUAUUCUGCAAGUGAUGGAAGUUCAGAUGAAGUAUUGGCCAAUCUUGAAACCUGACUUUAUGAUGCUUCAAUCACAAUGGAAUAUGGUUGCUGCUGCUAGCAGAGAUCAGAUUAAAAGGCUGGCACGUCCAAUUGGUCCGGUAUGGUGGAAAUGGGGAACCAAGCAGUUCAUAUACAAACGCGUCUAUGGCAAGCCGUAUUGGAGAAGGCGUCUACGAUUCAGAGUUGGUUGAUGCUACAAGCCAAGCCAGUUUCCAAAUGCUGUGUAUCACUUUGAUUCAAAGCCCAGAGAAUCAACAAUAGCCGAGAUGUUAAUCAAUUGACUAGCCAGCAAGCUGCAGAUUUGUCUGCACAGUUUUGCCAUGGAUUUCGUUCGUUGUUUAGUGAUGUUCCAUAUGACACGAAUAUACUCGGUGUUAUUGGAUACUACUGUGUUUAGUUGCAGUAAUUUUAUCUUCUCUAGUUUAGAGAUCUACGCCCAGCUUAUUGCCUUUUCAAAUGCCUCUGUGAUGUGAAGAAGUAGCUUAACUUUAGUAGUGAUGUUUAAACAGUUGAUAUGUUUACAAAACAGAGUAACAA